AUGGCUGUCUCAAGUCGCGUCCGGACCGCAGCUCUGGUGCUCGCGAAUCUCCUCUUACCCAUUGCCGUCCUGGUCUUCGCUAAGGGUUUCUUUCCUUACAAACCUGUUUUGGGUGGAUUGGCGACACUCAGCGAGAAUGCCUCUGCACUCCCCGCGCCAGCUUUUGACCGCGUCAUCUUCAUGGUUGUCGAUGCUCUCCGCAGUGACUUUGUCUACGGCUACGAGUCCGGAUUCGAGUUUACACAGAGCCUCAUCCGCACCGGAGCCGCCAUUCCCUUCACCGCCCACGCCACCCCUCCCACCGUAACCAUGCCCCGCGUCAAAGCCUUAACCACGGGCUCCGUGCCCUCCUUCCUCGACCUGAUCCUCAACUUCGCCGAGUCCGAUACCUCCUCCUCGCUCUCCUCACAAGACACCUGGCUCUCGCAGAUCCGCGAGAAAGGCGGCAAGCUGAUCUUCUACGGCGACGACACAUGGUUGAAACUCUUCCCCUCUGAAGGAUUCUUCGCUCGGCAAGAUGGCACGAGUUCGUUCUUCGUUUCGGACUUCACCGAAGUAGACCUCAAUGUUACGCGACAUGUACCGACCGAAUUGAAAAACGACGACUGGAAUGGGAUGAUCAUGCACUACCUCGGUCUCGACCACAUUGGACAUAAAACCGGCCCUCAAGGACCGAAUAUGCUGCCGAAGCAGAAAGAGAUGGAUGAUAUUGUGAAGCUGAUCUACGAGGCGAUGGAGAAAGAGGCGCAUUUGAAGGAUACAUUGCUCGUCAUGGCGGGUGACCAUGGGAUGAAUGCGGGAGGGAAUCAUGGAGGAAGCGGACCGGGAGAGACGGAGCCGGCGUUGGUGUUCGCAUCGCCGAAGUUGAUGGCUAUGAGGAAGAAGGAGGGAGGGUAUGAAUGUCCGACGACACCGAAAGAGGGCACGGAGUUUCACUAUUACACGAAAGUGGAGCAGAGUGACUUGAUUCCUACGUUGGCCGGACUGAUGGGCCUGCCGAUCAGUAGGAAUAGUCUGGGAGUGAGUAUACCGGAGAUGGAAGGGUUGUGGAGUGAAGAUGAGACGGUGGCGCAUUUGAGAAGCAACGCGGAGCAGGUCGUGCAAAUUGUCGAAGCGACGUAUGGCGAGGAGUCAUUCCGGACGGCAGUCCGCGGAUUCCACACCAAAGACCUGGCAGGGGAGAAAGUCUGCCACGAGCACCCGGAAGGCGAACAGCGACUCGCGUGUCUAUGGGCGUACGCAUCCGUCAUUUCGAGCGAGACGCCCCGUCCAGCAGCAGCCAGAGCAGCACUGAUGGCCUUCCUCCACGAAUCUCAGUCCUCCCUCUCCGGCACCGCAUCUUCCUACAACAUCCCCUUCAUGGCCACGGGCAUGGCUCUCACCACCGUCAUCCUCCUCCUCUCCCUGCUCUCCCUCCCAGCCGCCAUCUUCUCCCGCUCUCCAACAACUCCCGCGACGACGUUCUUUGGACUGACCACCCUCCUCUACACCAUCAUGAUGUUCGCCUCCUCGUACGUCGAAGAAGAACAACAAUUCUGGUACUGGCUUACUCCCGCCUGGAUCCUCCUCCUCAGCAUCUCCGCGCUACCGCGAACGACGAGCGCAUCAUCGAGAACGAAAGUGGCGGCCGCGGCGGUGGCGGUCCUGGCUGUUCACCGCCUCAUGGUGAGAUGGAACCAGACGGGACAGAAACAUUCGGGAGCGGAGGAUAUCGUGCAUACCUACUUCCCUCUCCACCACAAUUUCAUGUGGGUGUUGAUACUCCUCAGCUACGCUGUCACGGGAUGGGGAAUGAUGAGGACCACCUUUGCGGGUCUGUCACCUGCAGAGGUGGAAGCGCUGGUGGCGGUUAUGGCGGUCGUGCCAGCCAUCGUGUUCAAGUUGAAUUUCACGCAGGCGGACGCCCCGGAACUGGUGGGUGAGCUCGCGGAGGGGUUGAGGAGCUGGACAGGGCAGUGGAGUUUGGUGGUGCAGGCGCAGUUUGUGUUUAUUGUGCUGGGAGGGGUGGGGGUGGGGAGUGUGGUGUUGGCGAUAGCGUCUGCGAGGGCGAGGAAGAGUGCGGGAGGAGGAGCAGGAGGAGCAGGAGGUGAUGGACUACCAAGUCUGGCGGAACGGCUGCAUUACCCUCUCACGCUGUUUCUCAUGACGCAGACGCGAGCGCCGAAUGUGCCGCUUUUUCUUGGGAUGGAAGUCCAACGCCGAGCGCUCGGAUACAUCCUCUCCCCUCGACGACCCACCUCCGACAGGCCCGCCGCCUCGCCGCCUACCAGCCGGGUCCUCGAAGUCGCGACAACAACCCUCCUCCUAACUCACACGACCUUCUUCGCCACGGGAGGUUCGAAUUCCAUUUCGUCGAUCGACUUGUCGAGUGCGUAUAAUGGUGUGAGCGACUACAAUGUCGCGGCGGUCGGGGGACUGUUGUUUGUGGGAAAUUGGGCGGGUGGGAUUUGGUGGUGUUCUGCGGCUGUCUUACUCCUCAACGCCGCUGGUCGGAAGAAGCGGGCGGAGGAGGAUGGAUGGCAACUCUACCUCUCCCUCCAAACGACCUUCAUCGCCUGCAGUCUCUUGGGAGUGAUGGCGUCCUGCACGGCGUUGCGGACGCAUUUGUUCAUCUGGACGGUUUUCAGCCCGAAGUUUUUGUAUGCGAUGGCGUGGAGUGGAGGGUGGCAUUUGGGGGUUAAUGUGAUGGUGGGUGGGUUGGCGGGGUGGUUGAGUGGGUGGAGGUGA